GGCGCUGGGAGCUGGGAGGAUGGCGGUAGGUUUGUAAAGGGUCUCUAGCGGGUGUCGCCCUGCAGACAGGUGGCCAGUAAAGCGGGUACUGACAGCCAGAUCCCAGACCGUUCGGGUUCGCCAGCAGCUACGGUUUAAAUUGUGAUUGCAUCUUCCAGAUGGCCACCUCCAUGGAUCUCAAUUGGGAAGAGAAUUUAGCAGCUCAUUGGAUGUCCAAUACUUCCCGGGCUGGAGUCAUAUUAAACCCAUCUUUCCCCAGUUUGCAAAUCACUCGAGCAGCUAACAUUGAAAAUGCCUCCUUGAGUUUUGCGGUGAACUCCCUACGCAGUUUAAGUUGUGCUUCUCUGAGCGAAGAUUCUCUCCACGGGGAGGAAGCCUUGGAGUCGUGCAGUACCUGUGAAGAAAACCUGGAUGAGAGUAAACCACCUUUCUCAGUUAUCCCGGCUAAGAAGCAGAUGAUGCUGAUGGUCAAAGAAGGUCCAGCCCAGUGCGAAGCCCAACAAAAUGAUCUUGAAUGUAGUCGACGGGAUGAUAUUUAUGAAGGAUGUUGCAAUGAGCCACUAACACAGAAGCUUGAGCAGCUGAAAGGACUGCAGCAGCUCAAGCAAGAAGAACUGAAAAAGCAACAAAUGGAGCAGAUUCAAAGGCUAGUGGAAGAACAACAGAAACUACUUUCCAUGGUUUCUGAGCAGCAAGCACACACUGGUGCAGCGGUAACAGAAAAUGACACGAGUCGCGGAUUCAGUGACUUGUCCCCGGCACCUUAUUUCCUACCCUGUCGUGUAGGAAACGUUGUUCCCCGGGACAAUGCGUCUUGCACUCCUGCUGGACAAAAGGAUUCUCUGCAAGGAUUAAAUAAUGUCCAAACGUCGAAAGGCAUUUCUUCUGAAAAUUCUUCCUUUGAAAACUGGUCUUUGGAAAUGCAGAACAAAUUGGAGGCUGCAGACCAAACUUCAAUUUGGGGAGACAGCAGUAGGUCUCCAGAACCAAAUCUGGGAGGAAGCCCAGAUGGCACUGAUGAUGGUGGAAGCCCAGGAAACACAGAAACCAGGCAGAAGCACUUGGAAAUUCUCAAUGAAGAGGAAAGGCCCAUUCCUACUGUUAUUCAAGAGAGAAAAAUGACAUUUGAAGAAAUCCUAGAAGAACAGAUGCGAUUAGAAGAGCAGCAGCUUAUCCAAAAAGGGGAUAGAAAGGAUGCUGGAAGAUCAGCUUUUCAGCAAGUGGUUCCUAAGCGACCCUUUCUAAAACGAGGUGAAGGCUUAGCUAGAUUUACGAAUGCCAAAUCUAAAGUAGUCAAGCGAAAAGAGAGCAAAAUAACUCUUCAUCCAAACGCUUCAGAAGUCAACAACAUAGCUAAAGUGGACAAGCCACAGCUUCGUAGGAAAGUUGCUCCCUUAAAUAAGGAGCAUGUGUCUGAUACCUGCGUGCCUAAAAAGGGGAAUCAGGUUGCUAAGCCAAAGAAGGGUUCUGUUUUUCCUGCUCAGAAAACAGCAAUGCACAGGAAUUGCAUUGGGAAAGGUAUUCCGCUUUCUACAAGACAAAAUCCCAGUGAAAAAAAAGUUGGACCCCUAAGGGGUCCUGAUGGGCCAGAGAAAAAGAAAGAAAACCCAGUAGAAGUUGCAGAGCUGAAUAAAGCGAACAGCAAGUUACCUGGGGAAGCUCCGCAGCCAUCAACAGAGCCGACCCAAACGCUCUCUAAUCCCAAAUGCCUUGCAGAUUGCUCUGAGAAAGUCUCGGAGCUCUCGUUUGAACUGUCUUUCCGGAAGAAGUUGGACAACUGGGAUGCAGAUAAGGAAAAAGAAAAAAUUGAACUGGAUGAAUUUUUAUUUUUGGAACAAGCUGCUGAUGAUAUGUCUUUCGCUAGCAAUUCCUCCCUUAUCCUAAACUUCUUGGAUCAAGGGCCGCACAUUUCUACAGGACACAGAAUGUCAUCUACCCCCGUCAAGUUGGAGCAGGCGCAGCAGAGGGUUGAGGCAUUGGGUGUUACAGAUUUGAAUGAGAGAGAAGAGUUCCCUUUCCAACAAGCUAGCAAGGAGAGAGAUAGAGGAGCAGCUGCUGAAUUGCAGGCCGCUGCCGUACUGAGGGAUCAUUUAAACAAAACUGAUGCUGAAAUACUUUGGCCCUUCCCGGCCGCUCAGUUUCAAGACUUUAGAAAUACAGGGUGGGAAGAUGAAGGCGACUCCGAUGGAAGCAGCGAGACGACUUCUACCUCAGAGGAAGAAUUUGAAACUACCAUCAAACCUGCAAAAGAGGAAACCAAAGGGCUUGCUUUGACUACCAGAGGCAAUAGUUCAGAAUUAUCUGAGUGCAGAGGGCAAGAUAAAGGCACAAGCAGGGGUGCCAAUCCUGAUUUGCUAGAAGAUUUUACUAGCAGCCCAUCUAGGGAGAUAAUGGUUGACGGAGCUCCUGAAUCUCAAAGCGUAUUCCCUGCAAAUAGGAACAAGAUUGAGUUUGAUGACGAAAGAUCGUGGUCUGACUUUGAGGAGCAUGGGAGACUCUGUGCCCAAGCAUCAAGCGGUGAUGUGGCUGUUAAAGCACCCCUGUCCACUGACUGUUGUGCUUGGAAUGAAGCGUUCUUCUCCGACAAAGGGAUAAAGAGGAAGGUUGCCACAAUGAAGAAGGGGGAUGCUCCCACCAAGCAAAGUGGGGUAGAUAGCGAAGCCACUGCACCUCCCACCACAGAUCUGAUGCUGAAGCUCUUUCCUUCUCUGAGGAUCAAACAGAAGGGAGAUGCACCUCAAAGGCCCGAAACUAAACCCAACAUGGGUCAGGGAGAACCGGCAGACACUGCUCGAUCCCAGCUCUUGCGAGAAAAACUUGUUGAAUUGGAGACAGAAAUUGAAAGGUUCAGGUUGGAAAAUGCAUCUCUAACAAAGCUUCGAGAAGAGCAUGAGAGGUCUAAUGAAAAUCUCAGGAAAGAAAUUGCUACCUUUGAACAACAGAAAGCAAAAGAACUAGCUCAAAUAGAAGAAAUGAAAAAAGAGGAAGCAAGAAAAUUGCAGAAAGAACGUAAAGUUUUUGAGAAAUAUGCACUGGCAGCCAGAGCCAUUCCAGAUAAAAAGGAGCGUGACGAAAUUCAGGCUUUGAAGCAACAGGUGGCAGCCUUCCAAGAAGAUUUGAAACAGAGGGAGGUGAAGUGGUCAGCCACCCACAUGCGUCUUAGAGACCAGAUAGAAGCCCUAACCAGAGAGAAUACAGAACUACGGGAAGAGAUCAGGAUCAUGGAAAGAUGUCGUUUGGAAGCCUGGAAAAGAGAGAGAGAAUCUGCAAAUGUUAGGAAAGCUGACAGCUGUGCAGUCUAUUCCAACAGAGCCCCAGAGGCUGCACAUGCACCAGCUAUGUUGCCGAAAAGUCAGACUGUGCCUUCAGUACCUCAAGCGGAGAAGAGCAGCAAAACAAACAGGAAAGGCAGUUUGCCUCCGGAAGGAAGACAUUCUGCAAGAUCCAGAUUAGCAGUUGUGCCUAGUGAGAGUUACUCAGAUAACCCAGCAACAACCCAUGACGAUACUUCCAAGACUUUUAUGGUAACGAGGAAGAAUUUCCCUGGUAGUGCAGCUGUAGAAACCUUGACAACAGCAACUCCCAUCCACAGAGAUUUGGAAGAAGAAAUAGAAAGAGAAGCCAGUCACCCUGAUGGAAAGGUUGAGAAGAUUUUAAAGGACGGCAGCCACCUUAUUAUCUUCCCUAACGGCACACGGAAAGAAGUCAGCUGUGAUGGAAAGACGACCACCGUAACCUUCUUCAACGGGGAUAUCAAGCAAGUUCUGGAAGACCAACGAGUUAUAUACUAUUAUGCAGAAGCGAAGACUACCCACACAACCUACCCCACAGGUUUAGAGGUUGUACACUUCUCUAAUGGACAAAUAGAGAAGUACUAUCCAGAUGGAAGGAAAGAAAUUGCGUUCCCUGACCAGACUGUCAAAAACAUAUUCCCAGAUGGGCAAGAAGAAAACAUUUUGCCUGACGGCACUAUUAUCCACAUUCAGCAGGAUGGAAGCAAGACUAUAGAGUUCAACAACGGUCAAGAAGAACUGCACACAGCACACUUCAAGAGGCGCAGGUAUCCCGAUGGCACCACCAAGACUGUCUACGUGAAUGGAUGCCAAGAAACAAAGUACGCCUCUGGCCGAGUAAGAGUUAAAGAUAAGGAUGGCAACGUUAUAAUGGACACUGUUCAACAAAUGGCAGCUACAUGUUGAUUACAUUCCACGUUUUCUUCCUGUAAAUCCCUAAUCCGUUUGCUGAGAAAACAUGUAACAAUUCUGUACUUGUAUAUAGUUAUAAAAUAAAUUGUUCUGCAACAGCA